CCCGAGAUGGUUGAAUCGUGGGGGAGAUGCGGUCCGUGUGACGUCACGUCGAGAUGCUAGCAGGCCCACAGCUUGACGAGGUGAGAGGGGCACGUGGUAGGAGGCCCGUGCAGCCCCCGGAAACACCGCGCGUGAGAGAAGGUGAGAGGGAGCGAGCGAGAGAGGGGCACAGAGUUGCACAACAUGGUCAUCUCCGCCUCCACCGUCGCGUCUCCACUCCGUCCGCAGCAGCACGAGCUCUUCCGUUUCAUGCCGGGAGCCCCGUCGCUCCGCGCGCCCAAAAUACUCCUCCGCCGGCAUGCCGCCGCGGGAAGAAAAACAAGAGGCGCGGUAUUUUUAGGGUCAUUAAUUCUGACCACGUGCCCCGAAGGUAAACCGGAUGGCAAUUGCGCAAAGGCUCCUCGUCACCAGUAUGUCCCGCGAGGCCGGCGCGCGCCGAAGGACGUCGACUGCCGCGGGGAUGGUUCUCCUGUGGCUCGCGCUGGGGUCGCUGUCGGCCUCGGACUCGAACCCGCGACCUCCGGGCAGCGGCGGGAGGACCAACGUGAGCCUGCUGGAGCUGCAAUGGCAGCGGCUGUUCACCCGACCCAGGCCGGGGAGGCUGCACCCCGGGGAGCGGGAGCAGCGGCGCUGGGAGAGCGACUACCUGCUGGGCAUCAAGCGGGUCCGCCGGCUCUACUGCAACGUGGGAAUCGGGUUCCACCUGCAGGUGCGGCCAGACGGCUCGGUCAACGGCGUCCACCGCGAGAACCUCCACAGUCUGAUCGAGAUCUCCACCGUGGACCGCGGCGUGGUGAGCCUGUUCGGAGUGCAGAGCCGGCGGUUCGUGGCCAUGAAUCGUCGCGGCCGCUUGUACGGAACGGCGGUGUUCCACAGGGAGUGUAUGUUCAAGGAGAGCCUGCUGGCUAACAACUACAACGCCUAUGAGAGUGUGUCUCACCCCACCUCCUACAUUGCCCUCACCAAGCACGGCCGCGUCAAGAGGGGCAACCGGGCCACCACCGCCAUGACCGUCACCCACUUCCUGCCCCGCAUAUGACUCGCGCCUGGACACCACCGUGUUGGCACUCUGUUGGUCGCCUGGGGCCGUUUCUCAGGUAACCUGGGGCCAAUUCCCAGGUAACGGGGAGAAGGCACCGUGUCGAAGUACGUUAACACAAAAAAUCUUCUGUUCCCUCGUGUUGGGACUGAGGAGGGGGAGAGGGGGAGUUCCCUCGGUCCAGGAAGAGGUGCUCUGGUCGGGUCCCGUCCUUCGUUGUUGUUGACGAUUUGUCGUCGUUGGGCGAUUUGUCGUUGUUGUUGUGGUUUCGGCCCGAGGGCGGUGAGAGCUGGCCAACAUGGCGCUGACCUAUUUCUUUGUUUGUCAUUCGGCCCUCCUUAGCCCUCCUCCCUCUACCCUCCCCUAGCAUGGGAGACGCAGAGCCCAGGUCAGAAAUAGGACCCCCCCCCCCCCCCC